AUGACGGUAUUUACAGGAGACGUAUCUCCACCAUCAAGUGGAAACAAGAUGAUUUUGUUACCGGGAUCAACAGCAAAAAUAGAGUGGACGUUUAAUGAUAAAAUAUCUGAUGUGUUUUUUCGGUCUUGGUCAUUUACAAGUAAUUAUCCCCCUAACAACAAUCCAAAAACACUUGCAACAAUAAAUGGUAAUGAUAGCGUUAAAAUAGUCACCAACGUUCCUAUGUUCGCUGCACAAAAGCCUGCAACAUUGGUUUUAAAGAACGUUGGACGUCAUCAUGAUGGAGUAUACAAGUUUGCUGUUGUAGCAAAAUCGUCUAAUACUGCUUCGAAAGUUACCGUCAUUAUUGUUGUUGCUUCAAAUAUAACACUCAGUUGUUCCAAUCCCAGCACAGUGAACGAAGGUGAUAAUUUCACGUGUUUAUGUAAAGCAGAAGGCGGCAAACCAACAUCUAAUGUUAGUUGGUAUGAUAAAAAUGACGUCAAGAUUGGUGAGAUAGAAAAAGGAGAACAAUUAUUGAAUCUUACAAAUGUUAAUAAAACACACAUUGGAAAUUACACGUGCAAAGCUCAAAGUCACAUCAAUGUGACAAAAGUGAAGUCAAUUCAAGUAAACGUCAGACUUAAUUAUAAACCUAAAGAUACAAACAUAACGAUCAAACCUGAAGUAGCUGAAGUUGGUUCAUUAGUCGAGAUCACGUGUGAAUCAAAUGGUUUACCUGAGCCCAGUUAUGCCAUAUUCCAUAAUGGUUCCAAGAUCAAUGACGGUGGGACGUUUAUCAUAAAAAACGUGGACUACCAUCACAAUGGAACAUAUAAAUGCGUCGCAAACAACAAACUUGGAAAUGAUUCAGACUCUGCCAAUUUAACUGUUAUAGGCUAUGUGAACCUCUGA